AUGGCCGGGCAGUCCAAGGUAGAGACUCUACCACCAUGGGGUAAUGCUGUCGCAGGCGCCGCUGGUGCCGUCAUCGCGAACACUCUGGUCUAUCCCCUCGACUUGAUCAAGACGCGGUUACAGGUCCAAAUUAAGCGCUCUCCUACCUCCAACGACGCCAAUCCCGCCGAUGACGAACACUACGAUGGUGCGCUCGACGCGUUGCAGAAGGUCUUCGCACAGGAGGGUCUCGCCGGACUAUAUGCCGGCAUAGGGGGUUCUCUGCUCGGCGUAGCAUCAACCAACUUCGCCUACUUCUACUGGUACACCGUUGUACGAAGUCUCUAUGUGGCGAACCGUACGCUUCAAACAUCGCCGAGUACCCCAGUCGAACUCUCCCUUGGAGCGCUUGCGGGAGCACUCGCCCAGCUCUUCACCAUCCCGGUCGCGGUCGUAACAACGAGGCAACAGACCAUGAGCAAGGCGGAGCGUAAGGGCAUGAUCGCUACAGCUAUGGACGUGGUUAACGGCGAUGAUGGCUGGACCGGUCUCUGGAGAGGUCUCAGGGCUAGCUUGGUGCUUGUGAUCAACCCUUCAAUCACAUACGGAGCCUACCAGCGACUACGGGAGGUCCUCUACCCAGGAAAGAAGACACUGAAGCCCUUGGAGGCGUUCCUCAUCGGGGCCCUGUCCAAGACCCUCGCCACAAUCGCAACACAACCUCUCAUCGUCGCGAAAGUUGGCCUUCAGUCGAAACCCCCACCAGCCAGGAAUGGCAAGCCUUUCAAAUCUUUCACCGAAGUCAUGCAAUACAUCAUACAACACGAAGGCCCCGCGGCGCUAUUCAAGGGCAUCGGGCCCCAGAUCCUCAAGGGCCUGCUCGUCCAAGGUUUCCUUAUGAUGACCAAAGAGCGUAUCGAGCUAUCCUUCAUCCUCCUCUUCCGAUACUUCCGCCAAGUGCGCGCCGAAAAACUGCAAAAGCUUGCAAACAUUGCGGCAGAAAAGGCAGGAAAGGCGGCGCCGAUUCUCGUCAAGUAG